CGUGUUUAAUAAUGAGGAAGAAUGUGAGUGUAUGAGUGAGUGAAGUAACGUCAUGUCUGUCUCCCUCACAGCCGGCCUCCUCACCUUCUUCCUCCUGGCGGGCUUCCAGUGGAACACCUCCAUUUGCCUCGAGGCUCUGCUGAUAACACUGAGCUUCAGAAUGUUUGGUGAAAAUGAGGGCUGGCGGUACAUACUACACUCACUGUGGGCUUGGGGCGUGCCGGGGCUCAUCACCACCCUCGCCCUCACCCUCAACCACUACCGCGCCUCCCUCCCCUGCAGCGUCAUCACCCCCAGGAUUGGCCUCAACAACUGCUUCUUCUCAGACCAAAAGGCCAAACUGGUGUAUCUGUACGUGCCCAUGUUGCUGACGCUGUGUGCCAACACCUUCCUGCUGGUUGCCUCCCGCUACGUCCGCUCAGCAAACCUGCGCCGAAUGGAAAAGGGAAGGGUGGAGACCAUGACCGCGGAGGACGGCCGCACCGUUGUCACUUCUCGGCACUCGGGACUUCGCUCCCACCGGACCCAAAACCUGUUGACGGAAGGUGUGAUUAUGGUGAUAUGGUCCGGGGCGAUGUGGUUCAUGGAGGUGAUGGCUUUCUUAGUGGCAUUCAACAGCGUCGAGCCCUCACAUGCUUGGUAUAAUUACCUGUGGUAUAUUCCCUCCAGCUUUAACUGCCUGCGAGGGAUAGGCAUCUUCCUCAUCGUGGUGUUGACGCCUGAGAACCGAGGCAAGCUGGCGCGAACAUUUAACGGAGUGAUCCGGUCCAUGACGGCCUGCUGCAUCUCCCUGGACCCGACGGCUCGCUCCACGUCUCCUAAUGCCAAUGCGGUGGGCAUCCAGCCUUCCAAGAUGAGUAUAGACGAGGGAAUUGAUCUACACGCUGAUGUCACUUCUGAUGUGACAUAAGUUCUUCAUUAGCUGCUUCUGAACUCGGACCAGGAAAAGGUGAGGCUGAUGUGUCAGCCAAACGUUGUAAAAAAUCCAAGUGAAGUUUGCCUACUGUUUAACUGCUUGCAAGUGACCGUAACCAUGAUACCGCUGCCCACUGGAUGGGUGUGGUGUGCAUAAUAAAACAACUAAACUAUAUUUUUAUGUCUAACUAGUUUGCCACUUAUCUUCGUUAUAGAUAUGGGCCCCAGAAUAUAUUAAUUAAAAAACAUUUGCUAGUAGUGAGCACAGAAUUCAGGUAUCCUUCCUGCUGGAUAUUUGGAAUUAAUAAGAAAUUCCUGUGACAAAGAGAUAGCUUGUUGACAACAAUCAUUAUAAGUCCUAUGGUAUUGAGAUCUACAAGAGCUGGGUAUUCAGACCGACUGUGGACAAGUCGAGACUCUUAAUCUGUUGAUGUAAAAUGCUGCGGGUUCCCAAAUUUCUUUAACGUCAUGGUAUAAUUACGUACAUUAAUUAUUCAAAUAGUUGUUCUCGUGUAAAAUUUGUGAUAUAAAUUUUGGAAAAAAGUCUCACUGCUCUGAUGGUAAUGUGUAAGGUUUUCUAUGACUUUAACACCUGUUCUCACUUGCCACAACUUUUGGGAUUUGUAUAAAUCUCUGAUAAACGGGCUCUUGAUCUAAAUCUUGAUUACAUUUAUAAAAGAUAAUAUCUGUCUGUUUGUAAACGAAGGCCAACAAGU